GUUUGCUGCAGCUCGGUGUGCAGUGUGACAGCGGCUUGUCUGAAUUUAUUUCAAUCGGGGACGAGAGAGAAAUUGGGAGGAAGGAAUAAGGCGGAUAUCGGUGCCCGCUCUCUUAUGCAGUUUUGAAGAAGACGCCCCCUCCCUGCACCUGUUCUGCUUCGUCUUGUUGCCGUCUCGUCGCAGGAGUUGAGCCUCUUGCGAGUGAGCGGACGUCGCUUCUCAUUGUUAGAUAGACGUUGUUUUCAGUAUGACUUCGGCGUACAACCUGGAUUUCCACCCUCUGGCCGAAAGUCGGUUAAUGGCUUCGAGCGACACCGUCAACGGCAACGGCAACGGCAGCAAGAUGAACGGGUCGCUUGAGCAAUUGGACCAGCCUGACCUAGACUCCAUCAAGAUGUUUGUGGGACAGAUCCCGCGGUCCUGGUCAGAAACAGAACUUAAAGAGCUUUUUGAGCCCUUUGGACCUGUGCACCAGAUCAACAUCCUACGUGAUCGCACCCAGAAUCCCCCUCAGAGCAAAGGAUGCUGUUUUGUAACUUUUUAUACAAGAAAAGCUGCACUGGAGGCCCAGAAUGCAUUGCACAACAUAAAGACUUUAAGUGGGAUGCAUCAUCCCAUUCAGAUGAAACCCGCUGACAGUGAGAAAACAAGUGCGGUAGAAGACCGAAAACUCUUCAUCGGAAUGGUUUCAAAGAAAUACGGCGAGAACGAGAUCAGAAUGAUGUUCGCAUCUUUCGGACAGAUGGAAGAGUGCCGAAUUCUCCGGGGACCAGAUGGUCAGAGCAGAGGCUGUGCGUUUGUCACAUUUGCUACCAGGGCAAUGGCACAGAAUGCAAUCAAAACCAUGCAUCACUCUCAGACUAUGGAGGGCUGUUCCUCACCUUUGGUGGUGAAGUUUGCCGACACACAGAGAGAUAAGGAGCAGCGGCGCCUGCAGCAGCAGCUAGUGCAGCAGAUUCAGCAGCUCAACAGCGCCUCCACCUGGGGAAACCUGGCCGGCCUGGGGACCCUCACACCGCAGUACCUGGCAUUGCUCCAGCAGGCCACAUCUACCAGUAACCAAGGCAGUUUCAAUAAUAUGCAGAGGCUAGGAGCAGGCAUGAACCCCCUUCAGCUGCAGAAUUUGGCCACAUUAGCUGCUGCUGCAGCUGCAGCCCAGAGCUCUGGCAGCCCGAACUCCACCAGCACCAUGUCUGCAAACAGUGCAGCCCUGGGAGCCCUGGCCAGUCCAGUCGGUUCAACAGCAGCGUCCAGCGCGGGUGCUGCCAUGAACACCUUGGCAUCUCUGGGCACACUGCAGGGUCUCACUGGCACCUCUAUGGGCCUCAACCUCAACGCUCUUACCAACAGCAUCAGUGGUAUGGGGGCCAUGAAUGGAGGCCUGGGAGCUUCCAUGGCCAACGGGUCAGCAGCCAGCUCCAUGGACGCUCUGACCCAGGCCUACUCAGGGAUGCAGCAGUACACCGCCUCCGCCCUGCCCUCCCUCUAUGGCCAGUCUCUCCUGCAGCAAAGCAUUGCUGGCGGCCAGAAAGAAGUAGGGCCAGAGGGUGCCAACCUUUUCAUCUACCACCUGCCCCAGGAGUUUGGGGACCAGGAUCUUCUGCAGAUGUUUAUGCCUUUUGGAAAUGUGGUUUCUGCCAAAGUCUUCAUUGACAAGCAGACCAAUCUGAGCAAGUGCUUUGGGUUUGUCAGCUAUGACAAUCCUGUGUCUGCGCAAGCUGCCAUCCAGGCCAUGAAUGGUUUCCAGAUCGGAAUGAAGAGGCUGAAGGUUCAGCUGAAGCGCUCCAAGAACGACAGCAAACCCUACUGAUCCUAGCCCUGGGGCCUUCCCCCCUCCCCAGCUCUAAUGCUAGCACUGCUAGGAACAAAUCUCCAUGCCUGUUUGCUCAUCAUUAGCCUAGCAUGUCUUCAUGAUGUUGAAAGCCAAGCCAAACUCCUGGCCUCAUCAUCCCACCAUUGUCUGUGAUGUCUCUCUAAGCUCGCCUGACCAAUACCUGGCCACCCACUGACCCUUGACCUUAGCUCAACCUGAUUUUUCUGCAUGUAUAUUCAUUUUGUUUUGUUUUUUUCUGUAUUGAAAUGUGACAAGUGGGAGAGAGGUCAAGCAAAUCAAUGUGAAAAAUUGCCUGCGUGCAUUCAUUUAAGAGAACUUUUUUCGAAUGUUUUUCCUUUUUUUGCGACUGUUUUAAAAACCAACCUGUGGGAUUUCGUAUUUUUAAUUUAGCUUUGUUUUUUUGUGUUUCUUUUUACCUCUCUCAGUAAAAUUCACUUGAAAGUUGAAUACAGGGAUUGGCACACAGCUGUGCUAUUUGGUGCCAUUAGCAAUAUGUUGGCUUCUUUUAAAAAAAAAAAAAAAAAAGAAAUGCUACAGGCCACUUUUCAAACACUUUUGAAAGUCUGACCAGUAAAACCCCUCUCAGUGCUCUGUAAUGAUCUCUACAUUUUGCGGGCAGUGUGAAGGUUUACACCAAGGCUAUUUAAAAAUAUAUUUUCUUUUCAUUUACAAAAAUCCAGUGUAUUUACCUUUUUUUGAACUAUUGAUGGCACAAUAAAAGGUACAUUUGCUCUGCUUAGAGAAAUGACUACCUACAUGAGUCAACUUUUUUAGAACUGAUUCACAAAUAGACAAUCUGUGGUUUAAAUGCACACUUAGAUUACCUAUAUUUUAUACCAUUGAAUCUAUAGAAGUUUAACUAACAGAACCCAGGCAAAACUUUGGGUUUUUUGUAGAUUAUGUUGUAAUGUCAUCUGUGUGUGGGAGGGGGGGGGGAGUGGGGGGUCCUUCAGUGUAUUACAUUUUUAAAGAGGACUAAAAUCAGUUUGAUCAGUGUGACCGUUUGAGGAUAAUUUCUAGUAAAUUAAAACUAAGUCAAAAAAAUCCUCUGCAUUAAUUGUAAUUUCAACAUCUGGGAAAAAGU